AUGGUCAAGAAACACCGGCCCUGGCUAUUGGCCUCAGAGCCUCGCAUGCGCAUCCGUACCCUCCUACCAGACCUCUUCCUCGGUGACCACCUUCCAGGGCCCCUGAAUUCUUUGACUGAUGUGCCUGGCAUCGCAAUCUCGACUCAAGAGAUCACGUCUUUGGACGCGAGCAUAAAUACUGGAGUCACAUGCAUUAUCCCUCGCAAGGACUGGUUCCACAAAGCCUGCUAUGCCGGUCUUUUCAGCUUCAAUGGCUACGGCGAAAUGACCGGAAGCCACCUUAUCGCGGAGGGCGGACUUUUGUGCUCGCCUAUCGUCUUGACCGGUACUUUUGGCAUUGGGGCUGCUCAUCAAGGGAUACUCCAAUACGGGGUCGAAACUGUCGGCAGGUCGUUCAUGGCAUUGCCUGUGGUUGCAGAGACAUUUGAUGGAUAUCUGCAUGAUUGUGCCUCCUUCGCAGUUACGCCCAAGCAUGUAAUAGAGGGCUUGCAUGGAGCAGAGACCGGAGUGGCAGUUCGGGAAGGUAACGCAGGAGGUGGCAACGGUAUGAUCUGUCAUGGCUUCAAAGGUGGCAAUGGAUCUUCGAGUCGACGAAUCGAAAUUUCUCAUCGACAUGAGACUUUCACGGUGGCUUGCAUGGUUCAAGCAAACUAUGGAGCCAUGAAGGAUUUACGUAUUGCAGGCGUACCUGUUGGUCGAAUAUUGGCUGAUGAGGCACAGAAAGAUGAAGCAAGGAAGAAGGCAAAGGAGGAGCUGGAGAAGGCCAAGGAAGAGAAGGACGGCAGUAUCAUCGUCAUUAUCGCCACAGAUGUACCAUUGCUACCUCAUCAACUCACUCGGAUUGCCAAACGGGCUACUGUCGGAUUAUCUCGAGUUGGCGGUAUUGGGCACAACAUGUCCGGCGACAUUUUUCUGGCCUUCUCGACUGGCAAUGAGAUUCCUGUCAACCAGCCUCGGCCAUCAGAGGGUGAAAGUACAACAACGAUCGAGAAAGUCAAGGCUGUGGAAGAUUCGGCGUUGUCUUCCUUGUUCGAUGCUACGGCAGAGUGUGUGGAAGAAGCAAUCUACAACUCUUUGUUCCUUGCAGAGACGAUGCAGGGAGUCGAGGGACACAAAGUAGAAGCGCUGCCUCUGAAGAGGGUAAAGGAGCUUAUGAAGGACUACGGAAGAGCGCAAAUGAACUGA